UGUACAGUAAUGAAGUUCACUGUGUUUAUAUAAAUUGAAAAGGUACCGGGUCUUACAGCAUUUUAUAUCACACCUUUACAGAGUAACAAUGGCAAUAUAUAAGUGAUAUUGUAGGUGGUUUAACUUGUAGUGAGAAUAACAUGAAUAAACUCUUCAAUUGAAGUUUGUGUUAUGGUUCAGGGCUGUGGCUAGAUUCUCAGAUCCACUUCCAGGGCACAAGUUUUAAUAUCACAGGAAUCUCUCUUGUGCAUUGUUGCUCCCUGGAUAUCCUUGGCACUGUGCUCACCGAGUUGUUUGCUUCCACUUUUUGUGAUAAAAUGCGAAUCUGAGGCGGGACACACACAGAAAACUCUGACCUUUAUCCAAAGUCUCCUGCCAGGCUGAAAUUUAGCCCAGCUCUAGCCAUUUUACAAACACAAAAAUAGUCAAUCUUGACUUUAAGAUUGGUGUGUGUUUAACUAAAAUGUGGUGUAUAUAGAUUCUCAGUGAAUUCUGGUAUUCAGAUUUUAUUCCACCAGUAAGAAAAAAACAGCACGAAACCCUGACCAUUUUCCUUUUCCAUGGAUUUUUGGCACUGUGGUGAAGGUCCCAAAUCUCAGUGGCCUUCCCCAUAGCCCAUUUUCAGGCUCUGGCUGGGGCAUGUGCCAAGGAGGCUUUGCCCUCCCCGAGGAAGGGACUGACAAACCACAAAGCUUUCCUGAACGCCUCCCUCUAUCUACAGCCACCAUUUUUUCUCAGUAGUUUCCUUCCUUUUUCCUAGCACACGCCAAAUGUCUGGUGCUGCUCUGAAAUAGCCCCUACGGGUGCUGAAGAGCAGCUGCAGAUGCUUUUUCUGGGUUCCUUAUCUGACUGCCAGAUGAAAAACUGAACUCCUGCAGUGCUCCCGGGAGCCUGUCACCAUCACCCAACUCCUGGGUCUUAAUAUUGUGGUUUAAACCUGUAAAGGAGCAAGUUUUAAGAUCCAUUUGUGCACCUGCUGUUAACCCUCUGCAAGGAAGAAUUUGCUUGCAUUUACCAAACUUACUGUGCUCAUGAAAGUCUCGUUUCGUAAAUGCAAAAGACCCGCCUGAGGUGAUUUUUUUUUUCAUAUGAACAGUCUCACUGAAUCGUGUACAUACAAUAUUAGCAACUUUUUUUUGGUUUUGUAUAAAGAAGUUGUACAAUUGGUGAUGAGAAUUUUCAGUCAUUUCUUCAGAACAACAUGAGUGCAAUCAGAAGUUAGCGUAUUUUGAUAAAUAGAGUUAAAAACUGGGUCUGUCCAUGACUUUAUCUCGGUAAUGCACCGCAGAUUAAACGGCACAUUAUUGUCUUACAGAAGGUUUUUCUCAUUUGGUUGGCAUUUUAGAGGUGGAAAAGUGCUCCUAAAACUGGAAUUUUCAAAGUGUAUGUCUUUUUUUUUUUUUGAGCUUUGUUGCUGGGUGGUCAUUUCUAAUCCUGGCUCAGCUAACCAAGUUCCAGGGGCUGGGUUUUGGUGUGGCUUUGUUUUGUGUUCAGUCUGAUUUGUGUCCCUAAAGGUAAGUGAACCUUGGUGUCACUGUAUUCUGUUACCUGGACCAGCCUUCCCUGUGAAACUCCUACUGUGAAAGCUGCCACUUUCCCACUCCUCCCCUCCAUCAAAUGCAGUUAAAGUAAAUGAUAAUAUUAUAACCACUAUAAAAGAUUAAAAGGGCCAUUUCUGGUGUGAUAGUCACAGCUGGCAAUGUACAUAUCAAACCUGCCAGCACCACGGAGCCAAACACUAUAUUGGGCUUAGGUUUUUUUGUUAGCUACUUUCAUUUAACUAUUUUAAGUGCACAUAAUAGCUGGUUGAUAAAUGAAUUGUCACAAUCCAAUAAGUCGAGGUUGUUUAGCAAGUACAAGUUUAAAUAGUUGAAAAUUUCAGCUACAACUUUUCAAAACCUUGCAAGAAAAUGUUGUUCCUGUCAGUGCUUUAAGUAGCUGUGGUGGUUUAUCUCUUCCAAUGAAAGAAGGAGCUGAGACCUUCCAUUCCAAUUAAAAAUACAUAUUUUAACCCAGAUUUUACUGCGUUUAAGCCUUUUAGUCACCCUUGACUCACUACUAUUUGAAUUAGGUUUCUGAAAACCCUGUUGCUAAGACCAGCAAGGCCACCAGCUGUAUUUGUAACAACCCUCACAUUUUAAAAGUAGCUGUACCAUUUAGAUCUUUCUAACAUUCUCUGAAAUAAUUUAAGAUAAACGGAUUUAUAUUUAAAUCCUCAGCUAUGUUCUUACUUAGCUGUCAGUUAUGGCGCAGAUUAUUGUAUUUCUAUAUUUACCUCUGAUGGUAAUUUUAACUUUGUGUGUUGCUAUGAAGACUUGCCAAUGUCUUUAAUCAAGCACUAUUUGUUAAUACUGUAAUAUCAACAUAUUAUGUUGCAUUAUUUUAAAGCUUUCAAGAAUAAGAGUAAAACAUUUUUUUAAAAAAUGCUAUUGCACCAUAUAAUUUGCUGCACAACAGUAUGGCACAGCAUAUCAGUCUGUUGGGAUAGUAAUGCUGCAUCAACCUUGUUUUGAUCUGGGUUUCUUUGGAGAAUUCAUUAAUGGGGUGAUGUUGUACAACAUUAUUAUCUUGCAACCUCCAGAUGGGAAGGCAGUUUUGUUUGCUUUAUUCUUUUUUUUUUCUUUUUUCUUUUUUUUAAAGUAAAGGGCCCAGGACUAUGCUUUGUACUUCAAGGGGUUUUUUUAAUUAUUAUUUGUGGGUGUACUUUUUAUUUUUCAGUGGAGUAAAACUUACUUUACAGUAAAACUGGAUUUGGGACCUACCACAAUCCUCAGGGUCACUUUUUCAGGAUGUUACUCAUCAAGCUUUAGGUUUUUCCAAGUCAACUGGACAUGAGGACCUUGCCCGAGCGCUGGCUUGGGAUACCACAGCCCUGUGGCCUCGUGACUGGACAUGGCACGGCCGGACACGCUGGGAAGCCGCUCCAUCCGCCUGAAGGCACGGCUGGACACACCAUGGAGCCGCUCCAUCAGCCUGAAGGUACGGCUGGACACACCAUGGAGCCGCUCCAUCAGCCUGAAGGCAAGGCUGGACACGCCAUGGAGCUCCUCCACCGCCCUGAAGGUACAGCUGGACACGCCAUGGAGCUCCUCCACCACCCCAAAGGCAUGGCUGGACACGCCAUGGAGCUCCUCCACCGGCCUGAAGGUACAGCUGCACACGCCAUGGAGCUCCUCCAUCAGUCUGAAGGUACAGCCGGACACGCCAUGGAGCUCCAAUACUGCCCUGAAGGUACAGCCGGACACGCCAUGGAGCUCUUCCACCACCCUGAAGGCAUGGCCGGACACGCCAUGGAGCUCCUCCACCGCCUCGAAGGCAUGGCUGGACACGCCGGGGAGCUCCUCCACACCCUGAAGGUACAGCUGGACACGCCAUGGAGCUCCUCCACCGCCCCAAAGGUACAGCUGGACACGCCAGGGAGCUCCUCCACCGCCCUGAAGGUACAGCUGGACACGCCAUGGAGCUCCAACACUGCCCUGAAGGUACAGCUGGACACGCCAUGGAGCUCCAACACUGCCCUGAAGGUACAGCUGGACACGCCAUGGAGUUCCUCCACCACCCUGAAGCUGGACACGCCAUGGAGCUCCAACACCGCCCUGAAGGUACAGCUGGACACGCCAUGGAGCUCCAACACCGCCCUGAAGGUACAGCUGGACACGCCAUGGAGCUCCAACACCGCCCUGAAGGCAUGGCCGGACACAUCAUGGAGCUCCAACACCGACCUGAAGGCAUGGCCGGACACAUCAUGGAGCUCCAACACCGACCUGAAGGUACAGCUGGACACGCCAUGGAGCUCCUCCACUGCCUGAAGGCAUGGCCGGACACGCCAUGGAGCGGCUCCCACACCCCGCGGCCAUGGCUGGACGCACUGGGAAGCCAUUCCAACCCAAGCUGGACACACCAAGGAGCUGCUCCAGCGCCUCUCUGGCACUGCCGGACGGGUCCAGGAGCUGCUUCCACGCCACUCUGGCAUGGCCGGACAGGUCAGGGGCCGCUCCCUCACGCCUCUGGCACGGCUGGAUGUGCCGGGGAGCCUCGCACAGCCGCCGCCGGUCGUAUUUAUCGUGACAAAACACACAAACAAAAAAGCGAUUCAAAGAACAAACACUAUUUCUGCCGAAUGCCAUAAACACUGAGUUGUACAAAUUGUGAUCGAGGAAAUGAAGAAAAAAAAAAAGUUUAUACUUUUUAAAAAAAGAAAUUCAAAUGGAAUAAAUUAUUCAUGAAGCCUUGAUUGUGAUGCG